CCCACCCCCACCCUUUCCCCUUAAAAUUGUAAUUCUGAAUCCAGAAGUGGCUCCGAAGUGGUGUUGCGGCUCCUCGCCCGCAGCGGAUCCGGAGCUGGGAGUGUCUGCAGCGGGAGGAGCUGGCGGAGGACCCCCUGCCACACCGCAGGGACCAAAAACCGGUCAGGUGAAAAGGAUGGUUCGAUUGGCGGCAGAACUCUUGUUGCUUUUAGGACUUCUACUUCUUACCUUACAUAUCACCGUGUUACGGAGCAGCCCGCUGCACCAAGGGAAUUUUACUUUGAGCCAGGAUCAGCAGGAUACGGUGCUCGCAGAGAAUAAUGUCAGAGAAGAGAGCAGUUCAUCAGCCCACCAGGGCCCAGGGGAGCGGAGAGGACCAGAGCACCGGUCAGCCCAGCGGCCUGCUGCCCUCCCUUGGGCCCAGAGUCAGGCAACCGGAGGCAGCCUGCAGAGAGACGGGCCUGGGGCCUUCCUCCUGGACCUCCACAACUUCCCUGACCUCUCCAAGGCUGAUAUAAACAGACAGAACCCCAACAUACAGGUGACCAUAGAGGUGGUGGACGGUCUUGAGGCAGCAGAGCCUGAGAAAGGCCUGAAGAAAGAGAACAAACCAGGAUGGGCUGCUCCCAACUGGAGGAACUGGUGGCAAACCUCCUCCACCUCCUCCUCUGUCUCGACCCCCCGCAGGCCCGAGGAGCAGGCUAGGGAGCAGCAGCCGCCCUACAGGGGGGAAGGAGUUGGACGAGGGGGAGGUAAAGGAGGAGUUGGUAACACAGAGGAUAGUAACUUCCUAAAGCCACUUGGGGACUGGGAGAGGAGAGGAGGAGGAGGAGGAGGAGGAGGAGGAGGCACCAGCAAGGCUCAGACUGAAUAUGACUAUAUAGACGGAGAGGGUGACUGGAGUAACUGGUCUCCGUGCAGUGUGACCUGUAGGAACGGGAACCAGAAGAGGACCAGGUCAUGUGGUUACGCCUGCACCGCCACUGAGUCACGCACCUGUGACAUGCCAUCCUGCCCAGGUAUUGAAGACGCGUUCAAGACAGCCGCCACUGAGGUCAGUCUGCUGGCUGGAACAGACGAGUUCAACGCUACAGAGCUCUUUGGUGUCGACACAGACAGCUGUGAACGCUGGAUGAACUGUAAGUCUGAGUUCCUGAAGAAAUACAUGACCAAAGUCUCCAACGACCUCCCCGGCUGCCCCUGCUCCUACCCCACCGAGGUGGCCUACAGCACGGCCGACGUCCCCGACCCCGCCACGCGCCGGGACUUCCGCUGGAAAGACGCCAGCGGCCCCAAGGAGAAACUAGAGAUCUACAAACCCACGGCCCGGUACUGCAUCCGCUCUAUGUUAACUCUCGAGUCCACUACUCUGGCCGCACAGCACUGCUGCUACAAUGACAACAUGAAGCUCGUCACCCGGGGUAAAGGAGCAGGAACACUGAACCUCAUCAGCAAUGACUUCUCUGCUGACCUCCACUACAAGGUAGACAUCCUGCCCUGGAUCAUCUGUAAAGGGGACUGGAGUCGCUAUAACCAGGUCAGGCCUCCUAACAACGGGCAGAAGUGUCCAGACAACCCGCUGGAUGAGGAUUACCUCAAACAGGUGGACGACGCUCGAGAGUUUUAGUUACUGGAGAGAUGAACAUGUGAAGAAAAAAAAAACGAAAACGAAAACGAUCUUGAGAAAUGUUUAUGAAUCUGGUACUUCAGUUGGUGCUUCAAACCAUCUGUGAGUGUUUUUAGACUUUGGAACUAGGUGCCCAUAUAAACAGGACUGUCUGUUGAUCAGCCAACGUGAUAAAGAGACAACUUAUCUCUCACUUGGACACAAGGAACUGUUCUUCACCAUAAUCACAGUCUAUAAGUCAUGUUAGGUCUUCAUUUCUUUUGACAUAUGCCUCAAAUCAAAUGAUAUCCAAAGUAAAAUUGUAUAAUGGAUUUUGACAAUAUUUUUUUCUGAUAAUAAUUCUAUAAAUGUUUGGUUUAAAAGGGAUAGCUUGGUGUAGCUUCAUAAAAAGGGAAAAUUACUUUUCAUGUUUUAGAUUUGUUUGUAAGUUUUUUAGUUUGUUUAUGAUUGGCCAAAAGGAGAGCCCAGGGAUUGGCCAAAAGGAGAGCCCAGGGAUUGGCCAAAAGGAGAGCCCAGGGAUUCUUAAUUGGCUGAAUGAUCAGAUCCAAAUCUCCAUGUUUUGAGUCACACCCCCCUGACCUAUCAGAAGAGAGAGAGAUCCCUGACCUAUCAGGAGAAAGAGAGAUCCCUGACCUAUCAGAAGAGAGAGAGAGAGACAUCCCUGACCUAUCAGAAGAGAGAGAGAGACAUCCCUGACCUAUCAGAAGAGACAAGAGAGAGAGAUCCCUGACCUAUCAGAAGAGAGAGAGAGAUCCCUGACCUAUCAGAAGAGAGAGAGAGAGAGAUCCCUGACCUAUCAGAAGAGAGAGAGAGACAUCCCUGACCUAUCAGAAGAGAGAGAGAUCCCUGACCUAUCAGAAGAGAGAGAGAGAGAGAUCCCUGACCUAUCAGAAGAGAGAGAGAGACAUCCCUGACCUAUCAGAAGAGAGAGAGAGAGAGAGAUCCCUGACCUAUCAGAAGAGAGAGAGAGAGACAUCCCUGACCUAUCAGAAGAGAGAGAGAGAGAUCCCUGACCUAUCAGAAGAGAGAGAGAGAGACAUCCCUGACCUAUCAGAAGAGAGAGAGAGACAUCCCUGACCUAUCAGAAGUGAGAGAGAGAGAGAGAGACUUCCCUGACCUAUCAGAAGAGAGAGAGAGACAUCCCUGACCUAUCAGAAGUGAGAGAGAGACAUCCCUGACCUAUCAGAAGAGACAGAGAGAGAGAGAUCCCUGACCUAUCAGAAGAGACAGAGAGAGAGAGAUCCCUGACCUAUCAGAAGAGAGAGAGAGAGAGACAUCCCUGACCUAUCAGAAGAGACAUAGAGUGAGAUCCCUGACCUAUCAGAAGAGACAAGAGAGAGAGAUCCCUGACCUAUCAGAAGAGACAAGAGAGAGAGAGAUCCCUGACCUAUCAGGAAAGAGAGAGAGAGAUCCCUGACCUAUCAGAAGAGACAAGAGAGAGAGAUCCCUGACCUAUCAGAAGAGACAAGAGAGAGAGAUCCCUGACCUAUCAGGAAAGAGAGAGAGAGAUCCCUGACCUAUCAGGAAAGAGAGAGAGACAUCCCUGACCUAUCAGAAGAGACAUAGAGUGAGAUCCCUGACCUAUCAGAAGAGAGAGAGAUCCCUGACCUAUCAGAAGAGAGAGUGAGACAUCCCUGACCUAUCAGAAGAGAGAGAGAGACAUCCCUGACCUAUCAGAAGUGAGAGAGAGAGACAUCCCUGACCUAUCAGAAGAGACAGAGAGAGACAUCCCUGACCUAUCAGAAGAGAGAGAGAUCCCUGACCUAUCAGGAGAGAGACAUCCCUGACCUAUCAGAAGAGAGAGAGAGAGAGAGAUCCCUGACCUAUCAGAAGAGACAGAGAGAGAGAUCCUUGACCUAUCAGAAGAGAGAGAGAGACAUCCCUGACCUAUCAGAAAUGAGAGAGAGAGACAUCCCUGACCUAUCAGAAGAGACAGAGAGAGAGAUCCCUGACCUAUCAGAAGAGACAGAGAGAGACAUCCCUGACCUAUCAGAAGAGAGAGAGAGAGAGAUCCCUGACCUAUCAGAAGAGAGAGAGAGAGAUCCCUGACCUAUCAGAAGAGAGAGAGAGAGACAUCCCUGACCUAUCAGAAGAGAGAGAGAGAUCCCUGACCUAUCAGAAGAGAGAGAGAGAGACAUCCCUGACCUAUCAGAAGAGAGAGAGAGACAUCCCUGACCUAUCAGAAGUGAGAGAGAGUGAGACUUCCCUGACCUAUCAGAAGUGAGAGAGAGAGACUUCCCUGAGCUAUCAGAAGAGAGAGAGAGACAUCCCUGACCUAUCAGAAGUGAGAGAGAGAGACAUCCCUGAACUAUCAGAAGAGACAGAGAGAGUGAGAUCCCUGACCUAUCAGAAGAGACAAGAGAGAGAGAUCCCUGACCUAUCAGAAGAGACAAGAGAGAGAGAUCCCUGACCUAUCAGGAAAGAGAGAGAGAGAUCCCUGACCUAUCAGAAGAGACAAGAGAGAGAGAUCCCUGACCUAUCAGAAGAGACAAGAGAGAGAGAUCCCUGACCUAUCAGGAAAGAGAGAGAGAGAUCCCUGACCUAUCAGGAAAGAGAGAGAGACAUCCCUGACCUAUCAGAAGAGACAUAGACUGAGAUCCCUGACCUAUCAGAAGAGAGAGAGAUCACUGACCUAUCAGAAGAGAGAGAGAGAGAGUUCCCUGACCUAUCAGAAGAGAGAGAGAGAGAGACAUCCCUGACCUAUCAGAAGAGAGAGAGAGAGAUCCCUGACCUAUCAGAAGAGAGAGAGACAUCCCUGACCUAUCAGAAGAGAGAGAGAGACAUCCCUGACCUAUCAGAAGUGAGAGAGAGAGACAUCCCUGACCUAUCAGAAGAGACAGAGAGAGACAUCCCUGACCUAUCAAAAGAGAGAGAGAUCCCUGACCUAUCAGAAGAGAGAGAGACAUCCCUGACCUAUCAGAAGAGAGAGAGAGAGAGAGAUCCCUGACCUAUCAGAAGAGACAGAGAGAGAGAUCCCUGACCUAUCAGAAGUGAGAGAGACAGAGAGAGAGAGAUCCCUGAUCUAUCAGGAGAGAGAGAGAGAGACAUCCCUGACCUAUCAGAAGUGAAAGAGACAGAGAGAGAGAUCCCUGACCUAUCAGGAGAGAGAGAGACAUCCCUGACCUAUCAGAAGUGAGAGAGACAGAGAGAGAGAGAUCCCUGACCUAUCAGGAGAGAGAGAGAGAGACAUCCCUGACAUAUCAGAAGUGUGAGAGAGAGAGAGAGACAUCCCUGACCUAUCAGAAGUGAAAGAGACAGAGAGAGAGAGAUCCCUGACCUAUCAGGAGAGAGAGAGAGAGAGAUCCCUGACCUAUCAGAAGUGAGAGAGACAGAGAGAGAGAGAUCCCUGACCUAUCAGGAGAGAGAGAGAGAGACAUCCCUGACAUAUCAGAAGUGUGAGAGAGAGAGAGAGAGACAUCCCUAACCUAUCAGAAGAGAGAGAGAGAGACAUCCCUGACCUAUCAAAAUCAGAGAGUGUAUUUGUGCUGUGUAUAUCACAGUUGUAACUGAGUGUAUGGUAGAGGAGUCUUGUAACGUCCAGAAGCUACAGAGCGAUUGGUUAGCAUUCUGCCCAUAUUGGUAGCUGUAAUAUUCAGCUUCUCAUGUUAUGCUUAUAAGCUUGUUUACUUAGCAUGCUGUUUUUCUUCUUCUUUACCAAUCUCCCCUCUUCCGUAUUGACUCCUCCUUCCAGACCAUUAUCUCCGGUAUAAAAAAAACCUGCGUUAUUUUUUGUAGAGUAUUUAUUAAGCUGUAGCUUUAUGUCCCAAAUGUUGAUUGUCCAUGAUCGUUGUCGCUGAUUGGUUGAUUGGUUUCUGACUAGAUGCUAACUUGAGAUGGGACCCACACUCAAACUAAAUGGUCACGAUUGGCUUAAAUCAUUCGUCGAUUGAUAUUGAUCAGAGAUUUAAGCCGAAAAUUUUGAUUGAGCCUCUCAUCUCAAGAUAGGAUUCGGCCCAAUAGAAAACAAGAAUAGGAAAUGUGUGAAUACAGCUGUACGGGAAAAAGAUUGUGAUAUAAAUGUUUAAAUAAAAAAUGUUUAAAUAAAAAACAUGAAGUAA